UGAACAUCCCUCUCCUCUGGACCAGAGUGCAACCUGCGUAAUUUUAAAGCAAAAUGGCGACAGUCUAACAGAGGAGAAAGACGAGUAACGGUGUCAAGUGCAAUGACAAACUUGAGGACACGAGUCGUCGUCCUGAGGUGUGUUUUCUAACAGCCAUGAGGUGGAAUCAGCGCUUCAACAUCGACUGAAAGUAUUGCUACUAUGUCUGAUCUGAAGCCAAAUGCACAAGAGGACAAAGACGUGGAGUCCGUGUCUGACAGGCCAGGUCGUACUCAGGAGCCAUUACAGAGUCACACAUUCUCCCUGAAGAACAAUGCUGCAGGUCUGUCCUCAGAUGAACACGAAAACCCUUUAAAUGGAACCCAGCCGAAUCCAUUUGUAUACAGCAGUGUCCCUGCUGUUCCCCAUGCAGGCAAUUCAUUGCCUUCAGGAGCACUUGUUAAUGGACCUGGUUCACACCCCACCUCAGAGGUACACUGUGUCCUGAACAAAGGCACUGUUUUAUCCAACAAUGUCCUGGAUGCCGUGUGGCAAGCGGAGAAGGACACGAGCCCCGAGGUGUUACCACCACCUAGUGAGCUUCAAUCAGACGCUUGGAAGAACACAGCGGGGCCCGUCGAAGAAACACUGGCCACACAGCCAGGUGUCAACACGCCACCAUCUCACUCGGAGGAGACGGAGUCCAAACUGGCCUAUUCCACACUGUCAGGUGCAGACAGCGCCGAGGAAAUGCACAUUAGCCAACCUUCGACAAAACAGACAAUGAAAACAAGAUCUCGACGGGACGUAGAAUGGUCAGAAAGCUCCUCGGAUGAUUAUGACGACGCUGAAGUAAUCAGAUGGGAUUCAGCGAGAGAGUGCUACUUGCACAAUGACAGAAGGCUGGAGACCGAAGUGAUGCACCAAAGGGACAGCAAGCACAAUACACAUGUAAAAAGCAUGUCAGACUCUCUCGAAAAGGUUAACAACAGCUUAAAUCACACAUACAGACGUUUCUGCUUCUGCACUAGCAAUGAUGUUAGAAAUGUUGACAUUGCCAACAAAGAUGAUUCUUCGGGUACCCAAUCUGAUAUAAAAUAUUCCGUCGUGCCACUCAAAGAUCUUUCUACGAACACAGCUUCAGACUCUGAGCACCAUAUUUAUAGCACAGCACAGGAAGGCUGUAAUGAGGGAAAUGACCCUGAAGACGAAGACAAUUUUAGUUCAAAAGUGGAACAGUUGAAGACUGAACAAGUGGAACAAGAGCCACUUUUCUUUUCAUGCACAAUAUGCAAUGUUCAUUUCAAGGAAAAAAGACAUUUCCAUAGACAUAUGAUGUAUCAUUUAGGCAAGCAUAAUCAGGUGAACAGUGAGAAUGUCUCACAGCCCUUUAUAUGCAGGGAGUGUGGGCGUUUGUUCUGUGAUAGCAACUCCCUCAUGAGGCACAUCAUUAUUCACCAAGACAGGCUCGAAAAACUUAUGGAGGAAAUCAAAGGCCUCAAAAACACCGAAUUGGAACACCGGGGCACCAAAGAGCAGUGCCCUCACUGUGUAUUUGGUUGUAAGUGCCCUAAAAUCUCUGUCCAGCAUGCCACAACGCAUGAUAAUCUGAAGCACUACUACUUCUGUGAGGAGUGUAACUACAUUACACUGACGCAGCAGGCACUUGAAGCACACUUACAUGUCGCACACCUCGACACACACCAGCCUCAAUACAGGAAAGUGAAUCAUACUAAUGAUGCAGAGGAAGCGGACCAUGUUCAGCUUCAGCGUAAAAUGGGCUUUUUCUCAUGUAGAGACAAAGUAAUUGAAAGACAUUCUGAGCUGAAGCACCUGCGAUCCCACUGUGGUAAUUAUAAAAAGGUUGGCGACCAGCCCAAAAUUGCAACGUCUAAUCCAAAUCUGUUGACUCUUGGAGAAACGGACCAUUUCCCUCACUGUUCCAACAGAAAUGGGGACAUUUACUUUCAAAAGUCCAAUGAAAUAACUGUAAAUUCUGCUCAGUUUAAGUGCCAUGUCGGCUGCACCAAAAACAUGCUGUCACCGUCUUUGUGGAGGGUCGACAGGCAUGGGAAAUUACUCCUACAGAAGAAUGUAGAUGUGGCAACUGAUCUCACCUGUGUGGAAGAAGAGUCUGAAAACAAUGACUGCGAGGCUUUUGGCAGCUCAAAGCAGGCAAACUGUCCUGUGACCGCUGAUAUUCUACUAUUGGACAGAAAUCUUAAAUUAGACCAGAUGUUCAGUCAGGGUGGCAAGAACAACCCGGCAAGCGAGAGUUUACAAGCGCAAGCGAACCAGAAUUCUCUGUCAAUGAGAGAAAUGUCAACACCCUUGCAUGGCGCUAUUGACAAAAUGAAUGGUAAUAUAUCGGCAAGGCUUUGCCAGAGGCUGAAGAAACUGUGUGCAGAUAAGGAGUUAGAGAAAGGCUGUGAGGGCAGCGUUAACUUCAGUGAUGACACCUGUGAAGCUACAGGCAGCUUCUUAGAAAGCCAGAACGUAAGGAACCCGUAUGCUCGGAGGUAUUUCAGGAAGAGGCAGCGGUGUUCAGCCAAAGACCAAAGCCCUCAUGUACACAACGAUGAAGAUGAUGGAGAUGAAGACUGUAGUGACAUAGAGCAACUCGUAAUCAAAGAGGAGUUUAUUGAAACUACGGUGUGUGAGGACUCCCCAGAGUCGCCUUGUAUGUCUACAAGUGACAGCUUUGAUGUUUUCCCCACACCGGGGGUAGAACACAAGUCCUGUCCGUACUGUCCUGCCAUGUUCCAGUCCGGAGUGGGCCUGUCCAAUCAUGUGCGAGGGCAUCUUCACCGAGUUGGCUUGAGCUAUAACGCUCGGCACAUGGUUUCGCCAGAGCAAGUGGCGUUGCACGACCAUCAGCCACGAAUCCGCAGAAGGAUCCCCUGUGGCACGAGGAAAAUGAGAAAAGCUGUUAAGCCAGAAACCCAAGGAGCGCACACAUGUCCCCUGUGCUGCGGGUGGUUUGAUACCAAGACUGGCCUCUCCAACCAUGUGAGGGGACACCUGAAACGAAUUGGUAGAAGUGUUACUAGCACCAGCAAGUCCCCGCUGUGCAUCCUAAAUGAACUGCUGCAGGACAAAAAGGAGCAUCAGAACAUCCUCCAGGUGCUCAACCAGAGCCAGUUCCCCUCUCGAUCCUUUGUCUCUCAGAAGUUAAUCAGCAACAGUGGCCUGGUCCUGAUGCGCAUGGGUAUCCCAGUGAACAUCCAGUAUGAGAUGAGGAGUCCACGUCCCAUAUUAGACAGCUUUGUACCAAAACAGGAGGCCGAGGCUGAAGCACAAAAAGGCCCUAAGGCCUCCUCAAGCACUUUAGUUGAACUGCUCAAGAUGAGACAGGAAAGUAUGGAGCUCACAGCGAGGCACAAGCAGGAAGCCUAUGCUACCAGGGAGCUCUGUGAUUUGACCAAAGAUUACAUGGAGGAGACACAGACGACCCGUGUGGAACCAAACUGGGCUCAUGAGGAAUGUGACUCGAAUAAGAUUUGUAUUCAGUGUAACGACACUUUCCCCAGGCUUCCUGGUCAUCUUCCAGCCUAUGCACAAAGGAAGAGGAUUGCUAUUUUUGAAGAUCCAGGCUAUGAUUUUAAACCGAAGAAGCCAAGGCCUGGGCUGAAAAAGAAGAUUUUACCCUCCUUGAAUGCUGAGAUAUACACGCUCACCUGCAGAUUCUGUGACCUCGUCUUCCAGGGUCCCCUGUCAAUCCAGGAGGAUUGGAUCAAGCAUUUACAGAGGCACCUUCUGCACACCAGCGUGCCCCAGUCAGGGACCGCGAUGGUCGAGGUUUUGGGUCUUCAUCACAGAGUACACAUGUCUUGUGAGCAGCCAGGUCUCGAGUAGAGUUUUACCCGUAGAGAACUUCCAGUUGCCUGAAUUUGCACAUUGUUUAUAUGUAUGAUCAACUUAUUGUUUUAGAUUAGUCCUGCAACUGUUUAAAGGAAUAUACAAUAGUGAAUCCAGACUAAUUAAUAGUAUGUAAUAAUGAUACUGUAUGUAUUAGCAAAAACUUCAUAUAAGAAAUUGUAUUGCUAUGCUUUGCCUUAUCAUUUAGCUAAUACAACCUAUAGGAUGUAUCUCCAUUGACUGUUGUACGCGGAAGACACAGUGGCAGUAUGAGCAAGAGUCAUUUCUUCAAUAGAAGGUGGUCUGGCAGAACGUUGUUCUCCUAUGUGUGUCAUGAUGAAGAAAAGUGCCUUGUUAUAAAGCAUUUUGUUAUAAUGAGAAAACAUUUUCAUUAUAAAAUGAAGAAAAUAUCCAAAUAUCUCAAUUUCUUGUAACUUUUUGUGUCAUAAACAAAAGCUUUCUCAUUAUAAAAAGAAACUUUUCUCUUCAUGAGAAACUUUUUGACAUAAGAAAAGUUAAAAGGAGCAUUGCCACUCCUAUAUUGGCAAAAUACACGAGCCUGAGCAUUUUAAUUAAGUUCAUGUCUCACUUUCUUUAAGAGACAACAUAAAAUAAACGUGUGCUCUUGUUAAGCAGUGUACACAGGGCUGUCAUUAGGUUGUGCUUUGUAGUGUUUCCCCUCUCUGCCUGCAUCAGAGAGCAUCUCUCUUCAUCAAAGUGACAAGAUGUUGGGACGGCUCGUUCUGUCAUUGUUCUUCUGAUUAACCUUCAACCAUCACUGUAAGUUCUGAAAUCCGGCUCUCAUUAUAGCGACGAUAACAUCUUUUUAUGAUGAGAAUACUCUUUAGUUAUAACGACAUAUUGUUAGAAUAAUUUGUUCUCAUUGUGGCAGCUCUGUAUUUCCUCGUUUGACCUGAAAUGGGUCAAUUUUGGUUCUCGCGUAAGUAAGAAUGUGUGAGUAACAGUCCACUGAACAUUUGCAUGUCCAUAAGCUGUUCUCCAAACUUAUCUCAGUUUGUAAACUUGGUACAUAUUUCUGCAGGUAGCACAGACAGGGAAACGUGCUAUGCAAGGUGCAAAGAUGACAAAUCAUUUUUGAAAUGUGUUGAAUUGAUUUUUUUCCCGGCGUCUGUCACUGGAGGAUAGCACUUUGUCUUUUGCAUGACAUGUUGUCAUACACAGCUACAGUUUGUCCUUCGUUGACCCUCUUCCUGGCAUCUACUGUAUGUGGGCGAGUCCAUGCCAAAAGGCUUAACUCACACAAUUUUGAUAAAUACUUUCUUUUUGUUUGAAGUUCAGUACUGCAAAGAAGAAAAUGUUAGCAUCUAUAUUGAAUUAAUAUGAAUGUACAUGUUUAUUUCAGUUAUGCCUGUCCCAUGAUAGUUUUUCAUAUUGCAUUAAAAGCCAACGACUGUAAGAAAAAAAAGAGUUACCUUAAUCAAAGAAAUAUUUAGCUUUAAUGACUUAAUGUAAUUUCAUGUAUUUAUUUAUCUAUUUUCUUGAAAUCAACUUUUUAAAAUUGUAGACAUGUAGUGCUCCCUUACAUACAAUUUGUUAAAUUAUUAAAAUUUCUAUAAAACAAAUGUUAUAUACUUGUACCUACUCAGGCUUUAUAGUUUUUAGACUUAGUGUUGCUCAGAUUCUAAUACAGUUUUUGUAAAUGUUUGUAUAGAAAUCAGUGACAUUAACAAACUUGCAUGAUGCAAAAGUGUCACUAAAUAUAAAUGAAGUAUGUGAAUUAUUGUUAAUCAGCCAGAUAAAGUAAAGCAUUUAUUAGUGAUGCUGUGUUAAGUUAUAUUAACAAUUGGAUGUAGAUAUGAGAAAAUGGACCGUUUUACCAGAGGAUAUGCAGUACAGUAUGGAGGGUAGCAUCGAGUUCUGCUAGUUCACAUUAUUUACAGUUUUGGUGGAGUGGACAAAAGGUUUGACGCUGUCUGAGAUUUAGAAUAUAAAUAUUGUGUGAGUGGUGAGUCAAAUGUCUUCUGUUAUUCAAGGUCAGGUGAAUUAAUACAGUGAAAUAAUAAUUACAACCACGCUGAAUUUCUGACCAUCAGAUUUUUAUUCAAAAGGCUUAUUUUUGUACUGUCAAUGUGGAGAGCCAACAAGAAACAUAGGAAGGACAACACACUGAGGCCAUGACGGGUUGACCCACAGCUCUUCAUAGAAAGAUUUACAAUUAUAUAAACACUUAUUCAAAUGUAUUAACCGUGUUAUUCUGUUCAAUGCUGCUAUAUCUGUAUUAAAAUAAUAAUUCAUAUUUCCAUGUGAAUAAAUGCUCAUUGUGCUACUCAGUCACUCAUGGAUGUAACAAUAAUCACUCGACCAGAGUUCAAACACUAAUAACUUAACCAUUGCUGCUCCAAAUCUCAAUUAUUUAUUUAUGCUUUAUUUGAUAUGGACAGAUGCAAUAUA